CCCUAGCCAGGCAAGAUGGCGGCGCCCAACCAAAUCGCCGGGGAGUUUGAAAACUGGCUGAACAAGCGCCUGGACUCCCUCGAAGUAGACAGAGAAGUUUACGGAGCUUAUAUACUUGGAGUGCUUCAGGAAGAGGACAGUGACGAAGAGCAAAAGGAUGCUCUUCAAGGCAUUCUCUCCGCUUUUUUGGAAGAAGACACGCUUGAGGAGGUUUGCCAGCAGAUCUUAAAACAGUGGAGCGAGUGCGGCAGCAGAUCUAAAGUAAAGGGGACUCAGGCAGAUGAUGAGGUUCAGGCCAUUGCCAGUUUGAUAGAGAAGCAGGCACAGAUUGUGGUUAAACAGAAGGAGGUGUCAGAGGAGGCCAAGAAGAGGAAAGAGGCCCUGUUGGCCCAGUAUGCUACUGUCACAGAUGAGGAGGAUGAAGAGGAGGAGGAAGAACAAGCCACGGCAGGGAUACCCAGCGACAAAUCCCUGUUCAAAAACACCAAUGUCGAGGAUGUUUUGAAUCGUCGCAAACAGCAGCGUGACCAGGCCAGAGAGGACGCGCAGAAGAAGAAAGAUCAGGACAAGAUGCAACGCGAAAAAGACAAGCUGGCCAAGCAGGAGCGCAAAGACAAAGAAAAGAAACGCACACAGAAGGGAGAACGCAAGAGAUAGAGAGAAAAUGCAGAGCAAGAAAACUUUUGCAGACUAUACAAUACCAUUUACCUAGAAGAGAAAAAUACAAUGAGACCUCAGCAAACAACAUCCCAACUAACAAUGUAUGCAUCCAUAUCCUAUUUUUUUGGGUCCGAUAUUGCUUAUUGAACGUUGAAUAAUGUUGGGCCUAUUUAGCUGUUGUAUUGGCUUGUACAAAACAAAUCGCAAACCAGCAAACAGAGUGAGAAUUGUAUCAUGACCCAUUCAUUUAUUACAGGUGCUGACUGUUGUGCUACUUUUUUAGGGGGAAAUCACACAACCUGUCAAAAGCAUGUUCAGGCUGCAUUUCAACCCAAAAAUCAUAUUUACGUUAAAGAUUGUUUACCCUAAUUGUCAUUACUGUAUUACAUAAAUAUUUAAAUUGUAAAGAAUAACUGUAAUGAAAAUAAUGUGGCUAUGCAAAAUAUCUUCAUUUUUGGAAAAACAAUGUGUGUGUAUAUAUAUAUAUAUAUAUAUAUAUAUAUA